CCUGGCAUUACUCACUCACCCGGACCACAUAGACGGCCGCUGUGAGCAGCUCCGGCUAACCACGACUGCAAGCAGCUUUUCUCCCAGAGGUCACUCUCCCCAGACUCUACAAUGCGUGAAUGCAUCUCUGUCCACGUCGGCCAGGCUGGUGUCCAGAUGGGCAACACCUGCUGGGAGCUCUACUGUCUAGAGCACGGCAUCCAGCCGGAUGGCCAAAUGCCCAGCCGUAAGCCUGUAGGCGGCCACGACGACUCCUUCACCACCUUCUUCAGCGAGACUGGGGCCGGGAAGUACGUCCCCAGAGCAAUCUUUGUUGACCUGGAACCCACUGUCAUUGAUGAAGUGCGAACAGGAACGUACCGUCAGCUCUUUCACCCCGAGCAGCUGAUCUCAGGAAAGGAGGAUGCAGCUAACAACUACGCCCGAGGACACUACACCAUCGGCAAAGAGAUCAUUGACUCUGUUCUAGACAGGAUCCGCAAACUGGCUGAUCAAUGCACUGGUCUCCAAGGAUUCUUGGUCUUCCACUCAUUCGGCGGAGGCACCGGCUCUGGUUUCACCUCCCUGCUGAUGGAGAGACUCUCCGUUGAUUACGGAAAGAAGUCCAAGCUUGAGUUUGCCAUCUAUCCAGCCCCCCAGGUCUCCACAGCAGUAGUGGAGCCUUACAACUCCAUCCUGACCACCCACACCACCCUGGAGCACUCUGACUGUGCCUUCAUGGUGGACAACGAGGCCAUCUAUGACAUCUGCCGCAGAAACCUCGACAUUGAACGCCCAUCUUACACCAAUCUCAACCGCCUUAUCAGCCAGAUAGUGUCUUCCAUCACAGCCUCGCUUCGCUUUGAUGGAGCCCUGAAUGUUGACCUGACAGAGUUCCAGACCAACUUGGUGCCCUACCCUCGUAUCCACUUCCCUCUGGCCACCUAUGCCCCGGUCAUCUCCGCUGAGAAAGCCUACCAUGAGCAGCUGUCUGUUGCUGAGAUCACCAACGCUUGCUUUGAACCAGCCAAUCAGAUGGUGAAGUGUGAUCCACGUCACGGUAAAUACAUGGCCUGCUGUCUGCUGUAUCGUGGAGAUGUGGUGCCCAAAGAUGUUAAUUUUGCCAUUGCUGCCAUCAAGACCAAGCGCACCAUCCAGUUUGUGGACUGGUGUCCCACAGGCUUCAAGGUGGGCAUCAACUACCAGCCUCCAACUGUGGUUCCUGGUGGAGACCUGGCCAAGGUGCAGAGGGCUGUGUGCAUGUUGAGCAACACCACGGCCAUCGCUGAGGCCUGGGCUCGUCUGGACCACAAGUUUGACCUGAUGUACGCCAAGAGAGCCUUUGUCCACUGGUACGUUGGGGAGGGAAUGGAGGAAGGAGAGUUCUCAGAGGCCAGAGAAGACAUGGCUGCCCUGGAGAAAGAUUAUGAAGAGGUUGGGAUCGACUCAUUUGAAGAGGAUGAAGAAGGAGAGGAAUAUUAAACAGGCUUAGCUGUCAUUCGCCAGUUACUUUCAGGGACAGAAAUAGACUUGGGUGUUAGGAAUUUAUGCAAGGAAAAAGAUAAAAAAACAACACUUUGUGCUUUGGUUUCAAGUUCAGAAAUAUUUGCUUGUUUUUAUUUUUCUUUUUAAAAUGUAAGAAUCUAACUAAGGAGGUGAAGUUAUUUUUUUUUCUUGUGCCAUCAUUUUAUUGUUUUUGACAGCUUUUAUGUUUAUUAAUUUGUUGGAUCAAAAGAGAAAAUAUUGUUGCUCAAUAAAUCCUUCAACGAAACACA